AAAACAGGCUUUCCGUCUAUCAGUCGACAGCUAAGUGAGGUCUGGUGCAGAGUGCAGUCAGUGUUUGUCGAUGCUGCAGAGGUCAACUAGUUAAUGCAAGAGUGCAUAAUCUAGUAAGACUGUGUGCAUCAGAAGUUCCCCUUGCUGCAGAAGUCUCAAUCUCAGACUGGCACCCAGCAGUAUAAAUAUGUUGCCUGGUGAUCGCUGCAAUAACAAUGUGCACCUGGGAGUAGUCGUAUGGGCAGUGUAUGCUAGUAUGUGGCCUCACACCAUCCUAGCAGUGGACACAGGUCGUUGCAUCAAUGGCAGCCAGGAUGGACUAAAGCAAGUUACCUUUCAAAAUGACCUGGAUUUUUUCUUCUUUAUGAAUUCGACUCGUCCUCCGCCGAACUUCAAGUUGGUAAUUGAAGGUAGCGACGAUUCCAGCCAACAAUGGUUCAGAUUUAGGAAUAAGACUAAGAACAAGUAUGAAGUCCUCACAGAGAGUGCGUCCACGAUCUUUACUAUGGUAUGGGAAGGCUGGAAGAAGUGGACCCUGACUAUUAACAAGGAGCAUCUUCACCUUGUAUACCGAAAUCGAUCUAUUACCCUCAAACCAUCGCUUCCUGCUCACGCAGACUUCUGCUAUUUGCUGCAUCUGGUCACGGAGCACCACUUUCAACACCGCUUCUGCUACCCCAGUGAAGUGAACAAAUGUGUUAGGAGAACUACCAGGACUUCUGAAAUGACCACGGAAAUGGCUGAACGGACCACGAUAACGGCUGAAAUGACAACGGAAACGGUUGAAAUGACUACAACAGAAAAACAUACACGGGAAACAACCACCACAAAUUCAUCACGUGAAACACCCACCAAAGUUAUGACCCACACAGAUGCCCCAGCCUCCGCCAUAAUGAUGAUGACAACAUCACUGACAGUAGCAAGGACUGACGCUGUUGUUACCCAUGCAGUUAAGCAAGGUACCUCUGAAGGAAGUGUGGCUGGUGGAAACCUAUCUGUAGGUCUAUUCCUCGCCUUUCUGUUGGUGUGGCUAGUGGGUGUGUAGGCCUGCCUACUCACCAUUCUGCAGGUGUGAAGUGUGGCUGGUGGAGACCUCUUUGUAGGCCUACUCAUCAUUCUUCUACUACCGUGGUUCUGAUGCUGAUGUGAGGUGAUGAGUAGUCCGCAGAGGCGGCGCCAAUAAAAUAGUAAUAAUAAAAACGCUAUUUCGCAACGUUUCCUAGUAGUGAAUCCUAAUCAAAUAGCAAACCCGAAACUCCCCGGUAUAGAAAUUAUGGCGCCUCCUGACUGGUGUUCUACAUAGUGUAUGCUACAGUGUGACUCACGAGUUUAUCCUUAUUUUAAUAAAAAUAAUAGCCCAGAUCAGUUUAUAAGCAGGCAUAUGAUAAUUAUAUAUAAUUAAGUAAAAAAUCAUUCUGAACCUAAUGAAAAAAUAAUUUCAUUAUGAUUGUUUAUUAUUAAAUUAUUGUAAACCUAUCUAAAAUAUAUUUAGUCGGAUUAGGCUAAAGUUAACUGCGCUUGUUUUAAUAAGGUUAAGUUAGUUUUGUAAGGUUCUUUUGGUACAAAACUAUUCAUUUUUACAUUAACAUAAAUGAAAAAAUGUAUAUCUUUAGACGUUCUUAUUAAGAGAAAAUUUUAGAAAGGACUUAAUUUUAAAUGAGUUCUUGCUAAAUGACAAGUUUUACCUAUUCGGCACGAAAAACACAGAAACACACACACACACACACACACAUAUAUAUAUGUAUGUCGUGCCGAAUAGGCAGAACUUGCCAUCUUGGCUUAAAUAGCAACGCUCAUCUUGCCAUAUAGGACAUGUGAAAAUUUGUGUAUGCAAUAAUUUCGCCAAAAUCAUUCUGAACCUAACGAAAAAAAUAUAUUUCACUGUGUUUGUUUAGUAUUAAAUUAUUGUAAACAAAUCUAAAAUAUAUUUAGUUGGGUUAGGCUAAAAUAAAUUGUUCUUGUUAUAAUAAGGUUAGGUAAGUUUUCUAAGAUUCUUUUGGUUCAAAAUUAUGAAUUUUUACAUUAACAUUAAUGAAAAAAAUAUAUCUUUAAACGUAUAAGAGAAAAUUUUAGAAAAGACUUAAUUUUAAAUGAGUUCUUGCUAAUUGACCAGUUUUACAUAUUCGGCACGACACACACACACACACACACACACACACACACAC